AUGAGAUUUAAUCCACUUUCAAGAAAAAGAACAAAUUCAGUACCUUCAUCAUCUAAUAAUAAUAAUAAUAAUAAUAAUAAUAAUAAUAAUAAUAAUUAUAAUCCAUCAAAUGAAAGUAUACAAGAUGAAGAAGAAGCAUGCUCACAAGAUGGAAUUGGUGGUAAUGGUAGUAGAAAGAAUAGUAUUGUAAAUAUAAGUAAUGAAAAUGAUUUAAUGACUGUUGAAGAAUUUAUAUUAGGUUUAAAUCAAAUUGAAGCAGAGAAUGAAAAUGGAGUUGGUGUAUCGUAUGGUGGUAGUAGUAGUAGUAAUAUUGGUGGUGGUAGAAGAAGAAAUACUACAUGCAGUGCAAGUGGUAGUGGUAGAAUAAAUAGAACAAUUGUUGAAGAUGAUACAAUUGAAAAUGAAAAUCAUUUAAUGACAGUCGAAGAAUUUAUAUUAAGUUGUAGAGAACCAAGUAAUAGAAAUAGUCGUAGUAAUAGUAUUAGAAUUGAAGGUGAGGAUGAGGACGAUGUUGAAUCACCAAUAUCUUUAGCAUCUUUAUCUUUACAAAGAAAGAAAAAGAAUUCUUCCUCUUCUUCCUCUUCACCAAUGUCAUCUUCACCACGUAAUCAUCAUCAUAUAAAUAAUAAUUUUAAUAAUAAUAAUAAUAACAAUAACAAUAAUAAUAAUGUAAAUCAACAAUACUAUGCUGAUCAAAACAUAGAACAACAAGAAGAAGAGGAGGAUGAAGAUAAUGAAGAUCUUUUAACAGUUGAAGAAUUUAUAAAAGUUUCAGAGAAAAGAGAUAAUUCAAAUGAUAUGUUAACAAUUGAAGAGUUUAUAAUUCAAUCAAAUGGUGGAAGGGCUUACCAUCGUUCUAAUUUGAUUUAUUAA